AUGUCUAUAGCAAAGAUAUUUUCAGUAACGUCAAGAGUGCGUACAUCAGGAGCUAACAGUUUAUUUAUACGUUAUGCCAGCUCGGGCAAGGACGGUCAAGUCGAAAAAGUUUAUCCACCCAACGUACCUGGCUACAAAUAUGUAAAUGCUGUUGAUCCAAGCAUGGAUUUCAAAGAGAUGACAGAUAGAGCUGCACAAACCAUGUUUUGGACUGAACUGGCUAGAGGUUUUGCUGUAACUCUAGCCCAUAUUUUCAAAGAACCUGCAACUAUUAACUAUCCGUUUGAGAAAGGACCAUUGUCUCCACGCUUCAGAGGUGAGCAUGCCUUGCGUCGUUAUCCUUCUGGCGAAGAGAGAUGUAUUGCCUGCAAAUUGUGUGAAGCCAUUUGUCCAGCUCAGGCUAUCACCAUUGAGGCUGAAGAACGUAAAGAUGGCUCAAGGAGGACUACGCGUUAUGAUAUUGAUAUGACUAAGUGCAUCUACUGUGGUUUUUGUCAGGAAGCAUGUCCCGUCGACGCUAUUGUCGAAGGUCCUAACUUCGAAUUCUCAACUGAAACGCACGAAGAAUUACUUUACAACAAAGAGAAAUUGCUUUCAAACGGUGACAAAUGGGAGAGCGAAAUAGCUGCCAAUAUCAGAGCUGACCAUCUUUACCGCUAG